CGAUGGUUGUCUCCCCCGACUUAUACCAGCGGUCCAGAGAUGCCAGUAGACGUAAAGGAUGGGGUGUCGGUCGUCCUCCCGGAAGAUGGGGCGUGGACGGAGCUUGAACCAGCAUAUCAAACCGUAAUGCUAGAAGGGGAGGACGCGUUCCUAUGGAUAGAGACGGUAUGGGCUAAUGUUAGCUUGACAAGGUUGUCGCCAAGUUUAAUGGAUUUGGAGUUCCGGGGAACAGUGGAAGCUCGGGGGUGGGUCUACUUAUCGCAAGAUGGGGAGAAUGCUAUGGUCGUAGAGUUGGUACUCGGGAAUACGCCAGACGAGCUGUUUAGGAAGGCUGAAGCGGAAGUUGUGUGUGUCGCGUGUCAGCGAAGGGAGAUGGAAAUGGAAAGGGUAGAUGUGCGGGUGGAACUUGGGGAUAGAGGAAGCAUGAGGCGACCCGUCAGAACCAUGCGAUGCGUGUUGCCUCCCUUCCUAGUGGAUGCGGUGUUUGGAACCCGGAGCAGACUGGACUUGGGGGAAAAGCUAAAAGAGGCGCCGGGAAAGAUUCAAGGGAAGAGAACCCUGAUGGUGGAAAUGGAGAUAGGGAUGGAGAUGAUAAUGGAGAUGGGAAAUGGGAAUGGGGGUAGAGGUGGAAGGAUAUCUGAUGAGGAGAAUCUUCUUCCUAUUGAUGCAGCCAUGUCGAUGAGCAAGUGCACAACCCCAGCAUUCACCCUGUUAAGGAAGCACAAGCGGAGGUGCAUAAAGAGUAAAUCUCAUAGUGGAGAUGGAAAGACGGACUGGAAACAUAUGGCGCAGUCACUGUCGGAAUUUUCCAUGGGCAAACAAGGCUCUUCUCGACUCGUCAUCAUCCCCAAAGAAAAGGUGGAGAGUGCAAGAAUUAAGCAUAUAGUAAAAACCCAUCAUGCUGAAGGGGGGAAGACGUGGAGGUGAAAUAGCAUAUCGUCAAAAACUACCAUGCUGAAGGUGGAAAGACGUGGAGGUGAAAUUCCACACUUGUUCAAACCAGCCACGUGAG